AUGGAAUACAACUCUCAUGUGUGGGCCGGUGCUUUGAAGUAUUUUUUGGAGUUACUCGAACGCGUACAGGAGAGUGCGAAGGUACUUAACGAUCACAGUAGGGUAUCCAGUUCCAUUGACUCAUUGGAACAUCGUCGCAAUGUGGGUUGUGUUUCAUUGUUCUACCGAUACUACAAUGACAUGUGCUCUGCUGAAAUUAGGGAACUUGUUCCCGAAACCCCUACGGCAAGAGCUGAUCAAUAUGUUGUCGACUGGACAGUGGAUCGCAUAUCACAUUACAGAGAAAAUUCAUUCUUUAACCGUAAUGUCUGUAUGUGGAAUAAGCUUCCUCCUGAAGUGUUUCCUGUCACUUUCAUUAUAGGAAAAUUCAAAUCAAAUGUCCACAAACACUACUCCCUCUAUCCUCCCUCCCAUAACCUAUUUUCCUUGUACCAACACACUGUUUUGCAGGAGUAG